AUGGUGAAGCCGCUCGAGGCGCCCGCUCUCCACAACAUCGGAAUCCAGAAUAUCGUCACCGAGCUGAGGAAUCGGAGAACAUCCCCGCCGGCCGCGGCGACGGCUACCAGUUCGGGGGCUGCGACAAAUGGGAGGAGUGCUGCCAAAUUCCCCGCCCACCAACAGCCCAGCUCGCCGGCACUCACCUCCACCGUGCGCCCGGAGAUGUGCUCGCAGUUCGAGACGGACAAGUGGAGCCUGCUAGGCCAACUGAUGGCGCAUCACGCGCGCGAGCUCGAGCGCGCCAAGGGCACCGGCAUCGCGCUCAAGUUCCAGAAGGACGUCACCGAGCUGAUCGCCAAGUACCACGAGAACCCG